UGAUCAACAUGACAAAGCGUGCGUUUUGUACUGAUCUCGCCUGGUACGAGCGCUGAAUGUGGGAUAUUCCACCCGCCUAUCCGUCCGCGAUCGCGUGGAACGAAACAGCUUCAACAGGAAACACUGCACAUGUUUUAAAUUUGAGCUGUCUGUUAUUAACAAUUCUCGAUAGUAUCGAUUAAUGGAUGUAUUGUAACUGGUAGACAGGCAAUCUUAACAAUCGUGUUUUGUCAUAGAUUGUAUACAAGGCCUAGCUAACACCCGCCUCGUACCACUGGAAUACGGAAAUAAUUUUGCCAGGGGGUGAGUGGAAUAGGACUAACGUAAGGUCCGUCGUCAUCGGGAAGUUCAGCACUGCAAGGCGUCAACAUCGGUCACAUAUGGUCACAUGGCACAUUUUAAUAAUAAUAACAAUCCUCCAAUCUACAGCUGAAAAGAACUCAUAAUUAAGUAACUAUGUUGGACCACAGUCAGAGAGCCUCGCCUAGGCCUACUGAAGGGUUGAAGCCGACCAAUAUCUUGUCACUGCGGGACCGCCAGUGGAUGUUACGGGAGAAUUCGGUGGUUCAUCUGAGGAGGCACUCUUGUCCAUCCGCUCAGGCCCAACCCGUCAUUGUUGAGAAAUUGACCGACAAAGCAAGAAUGGUCAACAUGCCCCUAAACGCCAUGGCCGCACCGGACCUCGCCAUGAUGGACGAGAUCUGGAAUGGGGAAUUCGCCAAAGUCUUCCAGCCGUAUCUACCACACAUCUGGUACCUGUCCCCAACCGAGAUCUGUCCAAGUCCACGCUGGCGGCGAUUCAAAGACAGUGCCAAGGUUCGCUUCUGUUGCCAGACAUGUGGUCAUGGCUGGACAUCUAUGAAGGGCCGAGUCGUCUUCUGGUAUUUCUUGCAUAUUCCGUACUGUGACGGCUUUGUUCAGUUCAAGCUAUACGGUCAACAGUGCCAACGCUGUAACAACGGCCAGUUUGAGCCUGCAAUGUGGUACCCUGAGGAAGUCAACAAAGUACUUUGCAACCUCUACAACAGAAUUGGUCAGACGUACUACGGAUUCGUCAAGCCGCCGAUUCGCUAUGACCGUCGAGCAGGCAAGCCUCGCACACAGCACAACGCCAACUUGUGUCAGGCGUGUCGAGACGGCGAAUGCGAUAGCCGGCCACGGACCACCACGCCCACGACAGGUGCGACGGUAACGCCCACCCCUGCCGCAGGAGCCACCAAGCUGCAGGCCGUCAGGGUGUGACGUCAUGAUUGAUGGACGUUCAGAGGAUGUGGUUGGUUUGUACUUCUGUUGUCAGCUCCUCCGAUGAGCAAGUUUGAAGUCGUACUUCGUUUAUGUGCAGCAUGGUGAUAGCGUGAAAAAUUUGAAUUCCGGGGAGAAAUACGUGUGAGAGUUUGAAAGGCUUUUUUUAAAUUGAAUAUCAAGCUGCUUGCUGAUCAGGGUGACGUGUUUAUAGCUGUAAAACCAUGCUACUUUGUAACAUGAUCUUUUAAUCAAUUUUUUUGUAGAAUCGUAUGCCUCUUUGCAUGUAGUAGGAGGUCAAAGGAGACCCGUCUCCCCUUGAUUGGAGUUUUCCGUAUUGGAAGAGCUUACAAUCACAACACUGAGUGAGCCUCAACUUUCGGGUUAGUUGCUACUCGGGACCAACAUCAUUUUGUUAGAAUAAGCCACGCCCGAAACGGUUAUGCUGUGGCUUGUAUUUUUGUUAUUGAUAAUGUCAGGUUCAGACGCAGCCGUAAAAUUUUGAUGACCUGUUCGCUGGUUGCCGUGACAAAAACCUGUUUUGUGUAAUGCUGAUUGACGACUGUGAAAUGACUCAGACAAUUUACAUGGCCGUCGUUAUAUAUGCACGAGAUUUCACCAUCGAGGCUCUCAGGUGAACUGACCUUGAAGACUCACGUUCCUUUACUUUUGACGUAAGUCCACGAUGUCUACAGUCAUUGCACCUUUUAAUUAUACUGUGUCUUUUAAACAGCGCCCUCUUGUGUGAUGUAUGUAGACUACAAACAGUACAAAAUGUGCGCAACUCCCCGUCUUGUUGGUGUUGACAGAAAUGAUCGAGACAAUACACAAUUCUAAAAUACACAUUAAAGAUGGUGACAAGUGCUUGGUUUUCUAUAAUCACCUUUUCUCUGAAAGGAAUCUCCAAGGGUGCCUUCCUCCGUGUUUGUCUCCAAACUGGAGCUCAAUGAAGAAUAUUUCAUUUUUUAAUGUUACAAUGUAGUAAACUAUCACUUGCAAUUGUGUACAGUACAUUUUGUAUGAAGAUAGAAGACUUUGUAGUAGGCAGACGCAAUUAUUUUGAAAGGUUUUAAAAGUUUGAGUUAACCGUUUCAUUCAUGAAAAAACGAUACUUGAAUAUACUGAAGCAUGGUAUUUAAGGAAUUGUUCAAAUGUUUUUAAUAGUUAUGUUGAGAUUUAUUAGCCAAAGGCUUGUGUAUUUUGUUGAGGGAAAUAAGAUGGACAAUGCAGCGUUACAUUUUCAUCUUGGCAUCUAUUGCAACAUUGAGUGUGUCAAGCACGUCUUGGUGAACACAAAUUUUGCAGAGUGUAUUCCUUUAUCGCGUCUUAAUAAUUGAUUAAACAAACUAGAGGUGCCAUACAUCCAGUGGACGAGUGACAGUUUCACCCUCUAAGUAGUUCCAACUUUGUUUAUUUCGGUGUUGGUUUCGUUUAGCAGCUGCGUAGUUUUGUUCCGAAGAAAGUCUGUUUUAUGUUUUCAAUUGCAAUUUCUGAUAAAAAGUUUUUAUCUUGAGGUGGCUGCGCUAUCACUAAUAGAAUACUGUAAAAACUUCAAAAUCGAACUAGAAAAUUCGUUAUAUACAAUGACGUAAAAUGAGGCUCUGUUGUUACUAUUAGAAAAUUUAGUAGAGUUAUUUGAGCUAUAUGACUAUUUGUACAUAACCGUAUUAACUUUUACCUAUUUAUGUAAAUAAGAAAUAAUUUCCUUCUGUGUGAAAAGCCAGAUUCAUUUCACAUGAUGCCUACACUGUUAUCAAGUGCCAAUCCUACAAUCUGUUGGAAUAACGACCCAAGAGACGGUGUAAAUGGUAAAUGAAUGCCUUUAUUCUACACAUCCUAUCUUCCAAAAAAUAUGGUUUUUAUAAUGGACUCAAAGUAAACAUGACACCGUGUGGGAAUUAAACUGUAUUGUGACCAACAAUAUCCAUAAAUCCGACGUUAUAUAUCCGAAUGGACAUCGAGAUACUGGACGGUUUUCAUGCAUACAGUGAAGUGCAUGCAAAGCUCGUCCUCCUGUGCGUAAAUAUCCUAUUUAUAUUAGAACUGACCUAAGUAAGCCGCGAAGUUAAUGUCGCUUAUGAACAUUUGCACCGAUUAUAUUUUCACAAUGAUGUUCCGUAUAACAUUUUGAUAAUGCUACAUUACAAUUGAAAUAUGAUUUAUCACGAUAAACAAAAACGGGAAAAUUGGGUGAAAAAACAUACAGAAAAUCUUUGCCAAGGUUAAAUUGAAAAAGGGUUUGGAAAAGAGAUCACUCGAGAAACAGCUCAAUUCAUUGGACACAAUUUCACUCCCAAUCGUUUUUCCCCAGUUAAGUUUUUAUCAAGCAGUGUGAAUCAUCUUCACACGACAAAAUAAAACGCACACGCAUCCAAAAAACAAGGAAUAUGAUCCUCCCAUUCGCUUUACUUAGUCAUGGAAGUCUCGGUUUGAAUUUACGUCAGUGAAAUUACCACUCCUUGGAAUUUGGACUAUGACGUGUUUCUUUUACAGGCAUAUUGGCCAUUUCACCGUCCACGGAGACUCAACGGUGAACGAACUAUUGCUGGGCAGGACCCGUAUGCUCUUAAACUUGUUUUCUGUUCCGACAGCUAUAAAUAUAAUUUAUAGCUGUACAAUAAGUGAUAAGUAAUACUAGCGACUGUAGACGAGACUAUGCUAUGAUUAAUGGUUCUUAUUUUCAAGCCUGUAAUGGGAUGAGUGUGCGUAAAGAACCACACCCUAAAUAGCCUCUGUAGCCUUAGUUUCAACAUGUGGUUCAACUAAUCUGGUUUAAUGCAUUAAAGCUUGGUUGACUGUAGCCGCAUACACCGAAACAGAUCCGCUGGUUGUUAGGUCAUUGGUGUGGGGUCUGUAACUAUUAUCAACGGUUAUCGGUGAUGAGUCAUCGUAGCUCGUUCAAAUUUGGUAUUUUGCCUCGAUUUCGUGCACCGUGAAAUGAGAGCGUAAUUUGACUCGUGACGUGAAAAUCAAGAAUUGUCGGCAAUCUUGGCACAAACACAAGAUUCGAAACAGCAUUGUCUCAAUGGCUGACCAUGUCUGACAAAUUGUAGCUAGUGUCUCUAUAAACAUAAAUAAUAUAAAUUAUAUAGUACGAAUUGUGCCUUAGACAUUCUCCAUCAAAAGUAUUUUGUUGUGGUGACUGACAAUAAAUUUAGAAAUAAAAAUCGG